ACCUUGUUUGUAGCCGCGCCGAAAUUUCWCUCUGAUCACUCUCUCUCUCUCUCCCGCGCUCCCGCCUCUCUCCUCUCUCGCUCCUGUGUUUUCUCCCUCUACUACUCCAUAGCCACACCUUCUUCAUUGCCUUUCCACAUUGGCCCUCAACUCUCCCCUGCUCGUAGCCGCAUCGAAGCAACACUCUGCUGCAUUUUCAUGGACCCCCUUCUGUUACCCCUUUGUUUCCUUGUUCUCAGGUGAUCUCUCAGUAGAUUCCCUUGGUGGGUUUUGGAAACUGAAGCUCGUUGGCGCAUUCUAUGUAAUUGGAGGCUGAAUCACUUCUGAAUGUCUUUUGGUUUGAAGGGUACGUAGUGCAUUUGUUUGAACGACUAGACUGGGAUGCCUUUAGAUGCAUUGAAUUAUUACAGUGAAGAGUAUAGCGUGCCAACUUUUAAUCAUUGAUGGACCUCUAUCUGCACAAGACAAUGGAUCGAAGAAAAUUUUUGCAUGUAUUAAGUUGGAGAGUUUCUUGGUAAGUUUUAAGUGGGAAGGGCAGGGGCAGGAGCUAGUCUGGGGAGGAACUAUUUCUUGGAAUGGAAACUCUUAGCAAAAAUAAGUGCCGGGAGGAUUUAGAAGUUGAAAUAAUUGAAUGUUCGAAUGAAACUGAUCCCAAAUUGUAUGGGAAAGAAGAUCCUGAUGCAACUGAAUAUUCAAGCUCAUUUGCUGAGACAUCUGAUGCGGAUGAUUGUUCAGGAUUCAGCGAAGGGGAUGUGGAAACUCAAUUUUUUGGAGACAUCGGCUUGCCACCCGCAUUUGGUUCAUUUAGUAGUACACUUCCAAUAAGGAAGCGGAAGUUAACUAGUCACUGGCAAAACUUCAUCCGCCCUCUAAUGUGGCGCUGCAAGUGGACAGAAUUGAGAAUUAAGGAACUUGAGUCACAAGCAUUAAGAUAUUCCAGAGCGCUUGCAGUGUAUGAACAAGGAAAAAGUUCAUGGCUCGAUCCAACAGUGGAAGAAUUUUCUUCAAAAGAAUUGCCAUUGUCUAGCCAAUAUUAUAGAAGAAAGGCGAUGAAGAGAAGAAAACGAAAGAGAGUUGAAGAUACAAAUGAUAUAUUAUCCUAUAUGACACAGCAUAACCUUUUCUCCUACCAUGAAAAUAAGAGAUCUGAACUAGAUGGUAUUCCCGUAGCUGAUGAAUUUGCUAAUCCAGUGAAAGUGGAGAAAAAUGCUGAUUCUGAUGACAAAUUUGGGAUUAAUAAUGACUCUGUUCUCGAGUUCAGAGAGAGUAAUAGUUCUUUGGAGCAAGUGCUCUGGAAAAUUGAAGCGGUGCAUUCUCGACUCCACAAGCUAAAAGGUCAAAUGGAUAUGGUGAUGUCCAAAAAUGCUGCAAAAUUUUCCUCCUCAGAGAAUCUGAGCCUUCUUGCACCUUGUGAGGCACAGACCAGCUCUGCUCCUACUCCUACAUUCUCUGCUGGAAACGGAGAAAUAUCGGUUGGAGUAAUGUACGCCUCAACUCAACAUAUAUCAGAGUGUGAUAUUGGUGAUUUAAUGAAGCCCGAAAGUGCCAUUUCAAGCUAUGGGGAAGCAAUUCUAGUUCCUGAUAUUAUUGAAAGUACAGUAGGCCUUUUGACUGCUACUGAUGUUUCGGUUCCUCAACCACAAAUUGGGGACUCGACUGAGGAUAUUGUCGAUAAUGUGCUGAUACAUAAUGAGGUGGCUGAAGCAGAGAGAAACACACGUAGCAGGAUUGUUGUGCAACCCGUGGAAAAGCACCGAGAACCCGAAAAAAGCAAGCUAGGUGAAGGCACUAGUCUCAAUUCAAUUCCGACUACACAAUCUGAUCCUAUGGGAAAAGCUGUGGUCUGUGAGGAACAAUCAACUCUAAAAAAAUGUUUAGCUUCAGAUAUCAACUUCCCUAGGAACAAGAGAAAGCGAGGGGAGCGAAAAGCAGGCCCUGGUAGCUGGAACAAGAGACAUUCAAGCGAACCCGAUAGCCAGUAAAGUGAUGUCAGCUAUCUAUUAGAUGAUCUGGAGCUGGGCAGACGUAAAUUCUCCACUUCUCUAUUAGCCAUUGGCAUAGGUACGUAAUGACCAGUGAUCAUGUUUGUCUUAUUGAGCUGCUUCCGUAUAUGGGUUAGAGAGAGAUCCUGAGUUUUGCUCUUCUGUAUGAGUUCUACUUGUAUCAUGUUUAUUAGGAACUGAUCUCUCUGGUACGCUGUUUUAAAUCUAAAUAAGAUAGUUUUUUUUUUCCCAA